AUGUCUUUGGAGACGCUUCCUGUCAAUUCCGAUGUUACCAAUGGGGCAGUCAAGGAGGUUGCUACUGUGAUUCCGUGUGCCCCAAUUAUGGCGACUGCUGUCCAGAUUACCAUACCUAUUGCGUCCACAAACAUCCACAUUAUGGCGCUGGUAAAGCAACCUGCGUUGAUCGAUGUUACUCCAGGGGCAGUCAAGGAGGAUGUGCCUGCGACUCAGCGUCUACCUGUCAAUUCCGAUGUUACACAUGGGGCAGCCAAGGAGGAUGCUAUUGUGAUUCUGUGUGCCCAACUUUUGGCGACUGCUGUCCAGAUUACAAUAUCUAUUGCGUCCAUUCACAUCCACAUGAUAGCUCUGGAGACGUUGAGAGCAACUUGCGUUGAUCGAUGUUACUCCUGGGGCAGUCAAGGAGGAUGUGCCUGUGACUCGGCGUGUACAUAUUACGAUGACUGCUGUUCAGACUUCACCUCUAUCUGCAAACGCACACCUGGUAAUGAUACCUUUGGAGACGCUUCUUGUCAGUUCAGAUGCUAUACUGACGGCAGUCAAGGAGGAUGCUACUGUGAUUCCGUCUGUCCAGAUUAUGGCGACUGCUGUCCUGAUUACCAGACUUAUUGCGUCCAUUCAACGCCAGAUGACUCUGGUGAAGCUUCUUGUCAGUUCCGAUGUUACACAUGGGGCGGUCAGGGAGGCUGCUAUUGUGAUUCCUCGUGCCCGUAUUUUGGCGACUGCUGUCCAGAUUACGAAACAUAUUGCGUCCAUUCCAAUCCAGAUGACUCCGGGGAAGCAACCUGCGUCAGUCGGUGUUACUCCUGGGGCAGUCAAGGAGGAUGUUAUUGCGACUCAGCGUGUCCGUAUUUCAAUGACUGCUGUACAGACUUCAAUUCUAUUUGCACACGCCAUCCUGGACCUAGUACCCCUGGUAAUGCUUCCUGCGUCAAUCGAUGUUACUCCUGGGGCAGUCAAGGAGGAUGUUACUGUGACUCGUCUUGUACGUUUUGGGGCGAUUGCUGUUCUGACUUCAGUUCUGUUUGCGUACGCCAACCUGCAAAUGAUGUCUUUGGAGAUGCUUCGUGUCAGUUCAGAUGCUAUACUGACGGCAGUCAAGGAGGUUGCUACUGUGAUUCCGUCUGCUCAAAUUACGGUGACUGUUGCCAUGAUUACAAUGCCUAUUGCAUCCAUUCAACGCCAAAUGACUCCGGUGAAGGAAGCUGUGUUAAUCGCUGUUACUCCUGGGGCAGUCAAGGAGGAUGUUUUUGUGACUCGGCGUGUACGUAUUGGGGCGAUUGUUGUUUAGACUUCACCUCUGUUUGCACGCGCUCACCUGCAAAUAAUGUCUUUGGAGACGCUUCCUGUCAAUUCCGAUGUUACCAAUGGGGCAGCCAAGGAGGUUGCUAUUGUGAUUCCGUGUGCCCCAAUUAUGGUGACUGCUGUCCAGAUUACCAUACCUAUUGCAUCCACAAACAUCCACAUUAUGGCGCUGGUAAAGCAACCUGCGUUGAUCGAUGUUACUCCUGGGGCAGUCAAGGAGGAUGUGCCUGCGACUCAGCGUGUACAUAUUUUAACGACUGCUGUUCGGACUUCACUUCGGUUUGCACACGCGCACCUGGAACUGAUGUCUUUGGAGAUGCUACCUGUCAAUUCCGAUGUUACACAUGGGGCAGCCAAGGAGGAUGCUAUUGUGAUUCUGUCUGCCCAACUUUUGGCGACUGCUGUCCAGAUUACAAUAUCUAUUGCGUCCAUUCACAUCCACAUGAUAGCUCUGGAGAAGCAACUUGCGUUGAUAGAUGUUACUCCUGGGGCAGUCAAGGAGGAUGUGCCUGUGACUCGGCGUGUACAUAUUAUGAAGACUGCUGUUCAGACUUCACUACUGUCUGCAAACGCACACCUGGUAAUGAUACCUUUGGAGACGCUUCUUGUCAGUUCAGAUGCUAUACUGACGGCAGUCAAGGAGGAUGCUACUGUGAUUCCGUCUGUCCAGAUUAUGGCGACUGCUGUCCUGAUUACCAGACUUAUUGCGUCCAUUCAACGCCUGAUGACUCUGGUGAAGCAACCUGCGUUAACCGAUGUUACUCAUGGGGCAGUCAAGGAGGAUGUUAUUGUGACUCGGCGUGUACGUAUUUUGGUGACUGCUGUUCAGACUUCACUGCUGUGUGCACACGCCAACCUGGACAAAGUACUCCUGGUGAUCCUUCUUGUCAGUUCCGAUGUUACACAUGGGGCGGUCAGGGAGGCUGCUAUUGUGAUUCCUCGUGCCCGUAUUUUGGUGACUGCUGUCCAGAUUACGAAACAUAUUGCGUCCAUUCCAAUCCAGAUGACUCUGGGGAAGUCCAUCUUUGGCUCUAG